UCAGCCCCUUCACUCUCUCCGGCACGCAGCUCGUCUCGCCGGCGUCACGGCAGCUCCAGAUCCCCAAUCCACACCCGCACGGCAGCGAGCCAGCGAGCCAUCUGCUCCGCGGGCCAUGGCCGGCCGCCGCGAAGGCGAGCACCCGGCGAGCCCGUGGCGACCUGGGGUCCCAGGGGAGGAGGGGGACUCCGGCCCCUUCCCCUCCGCCAUCAUCCUCGUCGCGCUCGUCGGCGCCACCGCCACCACCGCCGCCGUCGGUCAACUGCGCCGGACGGUCAGAUGGUUCUACACUCAGCUCAGUAGGUCGGAACCAUAUGUGUACUGGGAAGAUGUACCUCGAACCCGAAGGCCAAAUCGGUCCGGUGAAGCCUGGGAACAAUAUUACCAGAGGAUGCGCGAAAGGAAUGAGGAUCAAAGGGAAAGAGUGGAACGCAUACGGUGCAUGCAAGAUGUAUUUAAAAAGGAGAGAAGUAAAUGUCGAGACUAUCGAACUUGGGAAAGCCAUGGUCCCAACUUUUAUCAGCAUAGUCAAAGAGAUGACCGAUACUGGGAUGCAGAAGCAUUUUAUGCCAAUCAAAGGACAAAUUUCAGAUCAAUGCCCAGGGAAACUAUGAGUUACGCCAUGUCACGGCACUAUUCUAUUUUGGGUCUUGACAGGUCAAGAUCAGAGCCAUUUUCAGAUGCUGAAAUCAAGAAUGCUUUCAGGAGAAAAGCAAUGGAGUAUCAUCCAGACCAAAACCAAAAUAACAAAGAGGUUGCUGAGGCAAAAUUCAAAGAGGUUAUGGAUUCUUAUGAAGCAAUAAAAUCAGAACGGCGAAAUGCAAAUUGCUGAUUGUGUUCACAGUUUUUGGGGUGAACAGAAGAGCUGAUGUAUAUAUUGCAUUUGACGCGACACAAACUAUUUCAAGACUAUAUACCAUAUGCCUCAGACAAAAAAAAUGCAGGCACUGUUGUCCCUGAUAAUCACUAAUAAAACAAUGUAGAAUAGAUUGGUUCCCACUGGUAGAAGACAGAACUUCAGUGUGGCGCUUAACAGGAUGAGUGAAUGUGCUGACCUUUCUUUUUCUAUCUUUUCAUUCAUGUUGUGGUUCCUGGUUGGAAUAUGUAUCAAUAAGAUUAUACUGGUGCGUCUGUUGUUGCUUAGCAUAAACUAUACUUCCUCCGGUUUAAA